CCCCAGUCAUUACACCUCAAUAAAGAGUAAGCGUGCACACUUAUCGCGUAGCUAAAUAUAGUUCCAGCAGCAAAAUCCCAAAAAUGUUAAAACAGACGUUUUUCUUCGUAAUUUUCCUUUUACUGUUUUCCGAUAGUUCGCAAGCACCUAGAGAUGACAUUCCUGGAAGCAGAGCCCUGGACAACUUUCCCCUAAUCGAUGGACACAACGAUUUACCGUUCAACUUGUACACGAUUUUACAAAACAAGAUAUAUAAUUUUUCGUUUGACGCAGAUUUGAGUGAAGAUCCUCUCUUCGGAUCGAAUUGUAGCUCGUGUUUCACGGAUUUGGUGCGAGCAAGGCAGGGGAAACUCGGAGCACAGUUUUGGGUCGCCUAUGUUUCGUGUAAUCCUGUUAAUUACAACACUACGGUGUCACGUAGUGUGGAACAGGUGGACGUAAUUAGGAGGCUGAUUGCAAAGUAUCCAAACGAUUUAGAAUUCGUGACAACUGCAGAUGGAAUCGUGGACGCUUUUAAGGAGGGUAAAAUUGCAAGUAUGAUAGGACUGGAAGGAGGACAUUCCAUCGACAGCAAAAUGUCUUUGUUACGACAGUACUACGACAUGGGUGUCCGCUACAUGACACUAACACACUCCUGCAAUCUUCCUUGGGCAGACGCAUCCCCAGUAGACGACACCGCUCCAGUAGUAAAUUUAACCGAGUUCGGAAAAAAAAUCGUUCUCGAAAUGAACCGUCUCGGAAUGAUGGUGGAUCUAUCUCACGUCUCCCACGGCGUAAUGGUAGAAGCUAUUGAAACCUCCAAAGCCCCUGUUAUUUUUUCGCAUUCGUCUGCAUAUUCCGUGUACGCUCAUCACCGAAACGUACAAGACGACGUCCUGGAAAAAGUGAGAGAAAACGAUGGCGUAGUCAUGGUAAACUUUUACAGCGCAUUUAUAGGACAAGGCAAUGUUACAAUAGACGAUGUCGUCAAACACAUUAACCAUAUUGCGAACGUGUCGGGAGUGAACCACGUCGGUAUUGGUUCGGAUUACGACGGUGUUAGCAGUGUUCCAAAAGGUCUGGAAGACGUGUCAAAGUACCCCGAUUUGUUUGAUCUUCUGAAAUCGUCAAACCCUGACGUUUGGACUAUAGAAAACUUGGAGAAAUUGGCAGGCAGGAACCUGCACAGGGUGUUCAAAGCUGUGGAGGCGGUGAGAGAUCAGUUGAGAGCGGAAUUACCAGACGAAAAUAUAAUACCUCCAGAGGAUCUGGAAAAUGGUGAGGAAGAUCCUGGUGAAGAAGACCCUGGUGAAGAAAACCCUGGUGAAGAAAACCCUGGUGAAGAAAACCCUGGUGAAGGAGAUGGUGAUCCACAGCCACCAGAAGGUGGAAGCGGUGGGGCUGUGCGUGUUUUCGCACAUGUAUUAAGUGCCGUGGUGUUGGCAGCAGUGAUAAUUUCACUAUAGUAGGUUUUCAUUAAAUAUUUAACUGUUAUAAUAAAAUAUGGGGGAGUUUUGGGUCAGUGGUGGGUCUUCAAAUAAACAAUUUAUUUACAA